AUGAAUAUCAACCUGACGCCUCCAGUCAAACCAAAGUCUGAUGUGGCUACGACGGCGGCAGACACGAAGACGAUGAUCGACAUGUACGCGCUUCUGCUGCGCGGGUUCAAAGCUGGCGCUGCCGAGCUGGUUCGUGAGUGUAUGGACGGCAAACUGGCGUCAGUCAAUCGGUGCAUUGAAUCCGCUCGCGCCGAGGCCAUCCACGCUAUCAUUGAGAUGGACAAGACCCACUCGCAACUGUUGGGGUCGAGUAAGUUCCCCACGAAGUUUAUCGAUGACCAACUACGGCUCACAGCGGAGAUUAUGGACGCUUGUGGACAGCCUGUGGACUCGCUAACUGAAGGUAUGUAG